AUGGUGCGGAAAACCGCGUCGUGGAGGACACACGUAGAUGCUCGAGAUGGCCGCCAGCAGCAUCGCGCUACGGGGAAGGACGUAGUUGUCCCUCUCGUGCUCUGGAGCGAGCCACCGCAGGUGAAAGUGUCCUCUUUGCACGUCGUCCAGCUCCCAAUCUCCCAGCCGAGCCAGAACUCGUCCACAUUCGCCGCCGAGGAGGACAGAGAGGCGACAAACGAGGCAGACACUCGUACCCAAUUGUGCGUCUUUGCAGGCACGGUGGACGGUCUUGUCCUGUACUGGAGGUUCGAAGUGGACGCUGUAGCACAAGUCAAUCUACUCGUGUUCCCAGGCAGCGACGGCUGCGGACAUCCCAUUGUCGGCAUCGUGAGUGGGACAGAUGAGUGGGGACAGAGCACGUUAAUAUCAGCCUCAAGGGACGGAGCAGUAGCCCGGUGGCAGCUACCUAAUGGAGCCUGCGCAGAAGCGAACGCGUCUCUGGCUAAAGAGUUGGCGCCGCUCUUGGGCCUCGAGAUGCUGUGUAACAGGAGGUUUGCAGUGGUGGUGAGCGAAGAAUCGAGGCUUAUGGUGCUGGAUACGUGGCGGAUGCAGCUCUUGUACUGCAUGGACACGGCGCAGGAGCAGAUCCGACGCAGUAUCGCAGUUGGAGAGCUGCGGAUGCCUCAACCAAAGCCUCCAAGGCCGCGAUUGCUCCGAUCAAGCAGCGGAUCAGGGAUUGAAACAGGUUACGGAACGCCGAGAGAGAAAUUGGCCACUGACAGUGGAGUCGCGUCCCCGUCUCGACAGUCGAUCGCGGGCGGGUCCCCUGAUGCAAGACGACUUGCUACCUUUCUGUCGCCUAGUGGAGCUGCAGAACAUCGGUGGGAUGCUGUGGUGCUUUCGCUUGGAGCAGAGGGACUAGUCAAGUGUUUUCUGUGGACUCAACCGCGGGGUGCUACAAGUGGAACACCGUUUAGUGUCAGUGAAAAUGGCGGGUCAGCGAGUGUGGCGUGGGGGUUCCGUUGGGUCCAACGAAGUAGUUGGGUCAUUUCGUGGGCGGACGAGGCGGAGGAUAUCACGUGCUCCCAAAGUACUUCGCUGAAAGACGGAGACAACAUGAAUCCGCAGACGGCACUCAUGGGAUCGAUCAAGAACAGCUACUUCCCGCUAUCCGUGCAUGUAUCUCCGAACUCUUCCUGCGUACUUCUCGUCUGGAAGACCAAGUUUGCUGUACUGAAGCGCAAAUGGUUGUGUCCAUUAGAGAGACGCAGUGACAGCCAGGCCAGCUCGAACUCGUUCGGGAAGUCAAGACCUAAUGUUGCAGUGGGAAGUUGCCGCAUUGCGCCGUCGGAACUCGUACGGCAGGCAGCUACAACCAAUGGAAACAAAUGGCUAACUCGGCGUAGUGCUGGAGCUGUGUACUGGGAGAAUGGCGAGUUCUUGGAAGACGGAAACAUCGCUCUCUGGACCAACACGGGACACGUUUUCCAGUUCCUGACAGCCGACUCGUCUGCAAAAAAUACUGGAAAGUUUUUCAUCUUCACGAAAGACCAAGAUCAGCUGGUUCCACGAUCCGACUCGAAGCUGCUGCGAGUGAUUGACAAGGCGGUGUAUGUCACCUCGAUGGACCGAUGCAAGUGCUGUGACGAUAAUUAUCAGCUGACGAAGCCGACGAAGUCGACGGGAGGACGGCAGCAUUCAAGACACACAGCAUGUAUGAAGGCUGGUUCUUUGAAGUCGUUGAUGGAGAUCGUGCACCUGUGCCAUCGUGGAACGCUUGGACAUUGGACGAUGUCAGCUGGGCGAGUGUCAUCGCCAACGCGCAAGAUGCAGAACCUGGGCAACAUUGUUGUCCCAAGACUGCCACUGACAGAACGGGUGCGCUUUCACUCUCUAACAGAUGGAUUUGAGGCUGCUGCAGUUGCUGCUCAGGGAGAUGAAACGCGUCGUUCUUCUCCACAUCGAGGUUGCCUAACCCAUUUUAUCCUCGGAAGGGAGGACACUCAGUCGUCAUCAACGUACGAAGUGGUUAGACGAGCUGGAAUGCGUCGUAAGCGCCAACAACAACGAAAUGAUGGACUAACCAGCUCGACCGGAAGCGGAGGGUCCAUUACAAGCACUGCGGCGGCGCAACGAGAACAACUUUUAUCCUAUCGAUACCUGCUGGACAUUCCUGUUGUCGCCAAGGGAUUCUCGAGUGGAGUACUACACAUUGGGCUGCUGACCCACGAGCAUUUGCCCAGUAGAACUGAAGAUAAAAACCCUUUCUACAAGUCACGCUUUCCAGAGUGCUCUACCUCUCAGCCUUCGAUCAAGUUUUUCGUGUUUAGUGGCGGCACAGACGGCGUUCUCCGAGUGAUCGAGCUGAUUCUCUACCGUUCGACUGGAUCAAACGGAUUGGUCCAGCAUGAAGCGAGCAUUUUGCAAAAGUUUCGCAAUCAUCGUGGUGCGAUCCAGCAGAUUAGCGUUUCACCAAUCAAGAAAAGCGUCGUGGGAGAUGACGGAGAGAAUGGGGAGACUAGAUAUCCUGACAGACUGGUUGUUACAGUGGGCGUCGAUCGCAGAGUUGUCAUUUACGCACCUCAGUACUCGACGCCUCCCUUAAGUCGACCAACAGACCACUGCAGUGUCGAGUGGGAGUGCGUACUAGAGUUGGCGGAGCAUGGCGACAGAAUCCGCAACGUCGAGUGGCAUCUAGAACGUGGACUACUGCACGUUGAGUGUGAAGAUCGGAUGGUGUACGUGUGGAGUAUCGACACGGGCAUUUUGGAGCGUACAGUUCCGUGUGCGCUACUCUACGGGGGCGGCAACGCGUCGGUUGAAAAAGCUGCGGACAGCUCGAAUACUGGCGACUGCUCUCUUGUGGAAAACUCGACGUUAUUUAUUGGUAAUGCAGCGGUGCAACUCAUCGAGUUUGCUGUUCUUCGAAGUGCCGAGCAGCUCAAGAAGAACUGGACACGUUACUACUCUUCUCUCGUCUUGAACAACGGAGAGGAUGAGCUGCCUUCAGUGUAUGCGACGGGCUCGAUGGAGCUGUUCAUGCUGUCCUUACUGCUGUCGUGGGGUGUCACUCCUGCUAUCGAUCAAUCAUGCCAGACAAUCUUAGGCAUCGAACCAGCACACGCGCUCUACUCGUGUGCCCUGCAGGACCUUAUCUCGGGGGCGCUGACCAUUCCAGUUCCAUGGACCACACAGUCGUCAGCUGCAGUUAACGGCAAUGAGCUUGAAGAUUCCGUGGUGCCUGCUUGCGCCCGGAAUUGGCAACACUCGUCAGCACUGUCGGCUAGCGUAGCGCUCGGGGUCGUGUCGCUCUGCAUGAGCUGCAUGGAGUACAAGCAUUCCAGAUCCGGCAACGGGAGCACGUCGCCGGCCAACAAGGAAGAGUUCCAAGUUCUGUGGAGUCAGUUGAUCACGCAGCACUCGGUUGUCCUACCAGAGAGCGUAUCUCAGUUCCGAGUACCAUCUCUCGAGGAGCUAGCAGCUUUUGGCUUCGAUUCCUGUGAGUACACGCAGCUAGCAGCCCGUACGCUACUCGGUGGCGUGAUUAAGCGUCUCCCUCAAGCUGAGAAAAGUAUCCUUUCAGCCGAGUAUUCCGCGAAAUUACACUGGGAAAUGGUGCGCUUGGAGACCGAGACGGGAAGCUCUUUUAUAGGAACUGUGGGCAGUGUAGGAACUAGUGGCGGCCCAAGCUCAAGUGCCCAACCGAGUGGCAAUAGUACCACCACCGGCGGCAGCAGCAGUGUCGGCCCAGGCAAUGACUCAGCCACGAUGUCCUUUUCUCUAGUGGUUGACCGACUGGGCUCGCUCGUGCUUCUAAUGAGUAUGAUUGGCACGUACUUCCCUGGCGAGAUCUCACCGGCCAGUGCGCGUGAAGUGUGCGAUGUGCUGGUCUUCCUGCUGAAAGCCCCGGAGCGAUUCGUGGCUUCCGUAUCGGCUGAGCUGCUUACGAAAGGUCUUAUGUUAUUUCGACCGCAUCUUGUGGAUUUAUCGUCGUUUAUAGUCCAGUUACUAUUGAUUGACAUGCGUGAGAAGCAACGCAGUCAGAGCGACGAUAGUGAAGGCGUAGCGCCCGGUCCGGGAGGCUCCCUAUCCGAUUUCAACGAAGGCGGAACUGGUGGGAGCAAUGCGGCGAUGAGUCUGUUGGUGGAGGUUGGUGCCUAUGAGUCGGCGUUCGUUCUGGGAUUAUUACAGCAAGAAAUGCACAACCACGACCGCCGCUCUGGUUUCCACGAGAGUAUUCUGCUGUACAUGAUGGAACUCAUCAACACACACUACCUGCUCAUGUGCCGACACCUCCCGGCAUUCGUGGACACGAUCAUGGCCGGUUUGGACCCCACAAAGCCCGAGAGACGCCGGCGGUGUCUACCACUGAGUACUCGCUGUCUACACGGUCUUGUGCGGCGGUUCCCCAUGGUGGACUUCCACAAGGAGACACAGCGCUUGGCACUAGGCACCAUGGAGGCGGUGAUCGUCAUCUACGACUUACGCACGGCCACGAAAUGGCGCGUCCUGGACGGGCACGGCUCGGCCGUCUCGGCUGUUCGCUUCCGUGCCGACGGACAAGUUUUGGUGUCGUAUGCAGCUCGCGACGCCAGCGUCCGGUGGUGGAACAGCGGCAACGCUGGUCUGUUCGGUGGUAUGCUCAAGAUGCACCAGUCCUGUCUCACGGAACACAAACUGGCAGCACUGCAGCAAAGUGCGAAUGGAGGCGCACCAUCUUCCACCGGCGGAGCAAGCGCUGGUCUCAAGCAGAUUAUCCAGACGUGUCGCUUCAAUUUCCUCACGCGCAAAGACAACCCUGAUGGUAGUAGCAGCAGCAACUCGGACCAACCCAAGCACAUUCUACGACUCACCCGAGAAGAUGCCAGCCAAGUGCAGUUCCUCCUGUAA